UGGGGUAUGUUGCGGCUUGUUCAAAGGUUUAAAUAGAUGGAGAUCAUUCCCUGGGUUCAGGCAUUGAUUAGCGGAGCGAUUUGUCGGAUCGGUCUGAAACAAUAACCCGCCGAUACACAAACAAUGACAGCAAUGGGAAACAUCAGUAACCGCUGCACCUUCUCGGGUUCCAUCAUAGUAAACAAGUGGCCACUCGUAAACUCGUUAUCUAUACCUUGUUUCUGGUGUGAUUGAUGCUUCAUCUGACUUACUUAUGACCAGAACAUGAAUAAUUCCAACUUUUCUGAGUUUAACAAUUCCAGUGAACACCUUCAGCAUGAGGCACUGAGUUCUGAAGUCGCCGCGGUCUGUUAUGCCGUCAUAUUUGUCUUGGCUCUCCUGGGCAAUAUUCUGGUCAUUGCAACCCUUGUCCAGAACAAGAGAAUGCGGACAGUGACCAACGUUUUCUUGUUGAACUUGGCCAUCAGUGAUCUGCUCUUGGCACUUUUCUGUAUGCCUUUCAAUAUCAUUCCAAUGCUUAUGAGAAAUUUUGUUUUUGGACCAAUAGUUUGUUACCUUUCACGAUACUUUCAAGGAGUGUCGGUAGGGGUCAGUAGUUUUACAUUAGUCGCCAUUUCACUGGAGAGAUACUUUGCUAUAUGCCGCCCCCUCCAGUCUAGAAAAUGGCAGACUCUCUCUCACGCUUACCGCAGCAUCCUGUUUAUCUGGGGAAUGGCGUUUGUGAUCAUGAUUCCCAUUCCAGUUCACACCAAGUACGAGAAUAGGCGCCUCGGAAUGUACACAUGCCGGGAGAAGUGGGUGGCGGAUAUUGCGGAGCGGAUCUACACAGUGAUUCUUGUUUUACUCCUACUGGUGAUACCACUUAUUGCUAUGUCCGUGGCGUAUGGUACAGUCACACAAACAUUGUAUGAGGACAUAUCAGCACAAAAGGGAACAAAUGGUUUUUACAGAAGGCGCAACAGUGGCAGUAUGCAGUCAUUAAAUAAUUCCAGCUUUAGAAACUUUGUGGAAAGUAGACGCGGGGUCUUAAAUAGUGAGGAAUCAACGCCGCAGAGAAAACCAGAGCAACGGUGCAUGAUUCGGCAGUCGAACCCCGAGCGCAGCCGCGCCGCCAAAGUACGGGUGAUACGUAUGUUGUUGGCGGUGGUGAUAGAAUAUUUAAUCUGUUGGACACCAUUGUAUGUUGUGCAAACGUGGAAUUCCUUUCAUUCACAGAGUUUGAAGGAUUACUUUUCCAACCUAACUCUGUCUCUUGUCUUCAUGCUGGCUUACAUAUCAUCUGCUUGUAAUCCAGUCACUUACUGCUUAAUGAACAAGAAAUUCAGACAAUCUUUUCGAAACAUCUUAAAUUGCUGUAACUGUUGUAGUUUACAAAACGUCAGUCGACAUUUUUCCAAUCGUAGUGAUCACUUCAAUUCACUCAAACUUCAGACAACACGGUGUAGUUUACUGAAGAACCCCCACCAAGAACUGACUCAGGGACAGGUGUAAGUCAGGGAGGGGGUACACACGGUAUCCAGCGAUACCCCACCAAGAAUUGACUGACAGGUCUACAUCAGGGAGGAGAGACAAACCGUAUCUACUAUCCAGCAAUGGAAAACUGGAUUUGACUCUACUGCUGGUAGUAACUCUGAAAGUCUGGCAUUAAUACAACGUUCAGUGCCACGAAAUGUCAGCAACAGUGCCAUCUUAACAACAAGAAGCCCAUGGGCCACAUCGCUCACCUGAGCACUGUGGCUGGGAAAAAGCAGAAAUUGGAUUAUUCUUGAAUAGUUUAUAUCCAAAAGUAGUCCCAUGACCAGUCAUGGCUUUGCUAUUCUUGAUAAGAUGAUUUUUAAAGAAUUUUCCUAUAUACUUCUAUGUAAAACUGUAGUCGGCCAUUGUGGCCCCGCCCUACCCCUGGGGGUCAUAAUUUGAACAAACUUGAAUCUACACCACCUGAGGAUGCUUCCAUACAAGUUUCAUCUUUCCUGGCACAGUGGUUCUUGAGAAGAAGAUUUUUAAAGAAUUUUCCUAUAUAUUUUUAUGGAAAAAUUUGGUCGGCCAUUGUGGCCUUGCCCUACCCCCGGGGGUCAUGAUUUGAACAAACUUGAAUCUACACUACCUGAGGAUGUUUCCAUACAAGUUUCAUCUUUCCUGGCACAGUGGUUCUUGAGAAGAAGAUUUUUAAAGAAUUGUCCUAUAUAUUUCUAUGUAAAAAUUUGGUCGGCCAUUGUGACCCCGCCCUACCCCCGGGGGUCAUGAUUUGAACAAACUUGAAUCUACACUACCUGAGGAUGCUUCCAUAUAAGUUUCAUCUUUCCUUGCACAGUGGUUCUUGAGAAGAAGAUUUUUAAAACAUGCCACCAAAUUUUUAUUAAUUCCCAAUUAUCUCCCCUUGAAUGAGGGCGUGGCCCUUCAUUUGAACAAUCUUGAAUCCCCUUCACCCAAGAAUGCUUUGUGGCAAGUUUGGUUGAAAUUGACCCAGCGGUUCUUGAGAAGAAGUCGAAAAUGUGAAAAGUUUACAGACAGACAGGCGGACGGACGGACAGACGGACUACAGACAAAAUGUGAUCAGAAAAGCUCACUUGAGCCUUCUGCUGAGGUGAGAUAAAAAAAACCUUAUAUCUACUGCUGACAGUAACUCUGGAAUAUGUAUACAGUGCCACUAAAUGCUAGCAACAGGGACUUCAAGCUUAAAUCUGUUUAAUGCUGCUACUUAUUCUGCUACUUAAUGUUAACAACAGUCUUAUGACAUAAAAAAAAGCAUUUUAUUUUUCAUGUUCUCCUAAAGAAAACUAUUUCAUUGACAUCUUUACAACGGUCACAGUGAUAUUCAUAGUCUUUUUUGUGAGUCAUUAAAUAUGAAGU